GGACCUUCCGAAUACACCUAUGAGGAGGAGUGGGUCAUUGACGAGUGGGAAGACUGGCUGCGACCUUUGACCCUCGACCCAUCCCCCCUCCACCCCCCCAAGCACCUGGUCUCUCCCACACUGACUGAAUUCCAAGUGGCUCUCCAACGCUGCCAGGCCGAGGGUUUGGAGGGAGAGGAAGACCAGCUGCAGGGCCACAAGUUGGAGAUGCUGUUGAUGGAGACACCCCUCCCCCCAUCGGCUGGUGGAGGAGGAGGAGGAGGAGGGGGUGUGGAGGGGUUGGAGGGAGGGGAAGACGGGGAGAAGUGGGUGCAGGCAGUGGAGCAUGUGUGUCAACUGAUCCCCAGAGAUUUGCCUCCACUUGUUGCUCGGAAUGGAUUCGACGCGUGUGGGACGCUCUGUGACUGGGUGGAGGUCGGCCUGGACUUCCAACGUGCCCUGGCCCAAGAACAGCCGGUCUAUAAGAUCCGCCACAUGAAGGUGGGAGUGCGUCUGACCCAGCUGCUCCUCCAGUGCUGCUGCGGGUGACCCGGCGAGUGCUGAACAGAGGGGUGCUGGACAAGCUGC